CGAACGCGACGACCAGAUGCGACGGCUUUCACAACACAGCGCGGUGUUCCGUAAAUAUGCGAGUUGUAUUAUCAUCGCUCGCGGCUGCGACGACGACGACGGUCUGAGAUACGCGAUGCUGUGGCUGCCCGGAACGUAGUGCGCGCGUCACGAGCCCCGUGGACGAUCGAGCAGCGCUGGUGCACGAUUCGCGGCCUCGGUGACCCAAUUUACCCGAACGAAGGCUCUCUUUUCUUCCCUUCGCGACGACGAGGAGGACGGACGGAGUCCACGGUUACGACCCUUCUUCCUGCCGCGAACACUGUCUGAAGUCGGUGACCCCUCUGAUCGGACGGAAGUGAGUUCGCGAUCUUUCCGUAUGCGCGAGUUCACGCGAUAGAGUAAAGAGUGUGCCUCUCUCGUGCGCGCGCGCGAGAGCGAAUUCCGUCAGGGUGGCUCUGGACUCUCGUCGAGUCGACGCGAAAUUAGGUUAAGUCUCUCUGUCUGUCUGCGAGAGCUCAACAGGCGGGUCUCUCCCGAAUCGGCGGUGUCGUAUGACAAGCGUCUCGUCGCGUUCGAAUGCUGUCACCCGCCGCAGCGUGUUAUGACUCGAGGACGGGGGAGCUCCGGGGGAGCAAGAUGAGACAUGAUGCUUGUCGUUCGCGAGCGAGAACUUCGAGCGAGAAGGAGCAGCGUCACGACCGCCGCAUCACGACGACGACAACUGUGAUAAACCCCGAGCGAUCGGCCAGCGGGAUUCGCACGCACAUUUAUGACAGUACGUGAGAGGAACUUUACCCUCGUCGUCAAGUGCAAGAUGCCUCACAUCACGCGAAAGUGGGAGCUAUUCCCGGGUAGGAAUCGCUUCUGUUGCGACGGCCGGGUGAUGAUGGCACCGCAGACUGGGGUGUUCUACGUCACCGUCUGCCUCAUCGCCGGCACCAGCGGAUUGUUCUUUGGCUUCGAUUGCCCAUUUUUGGCGCUACAUAUAACACCAGCGAUACCAGUGAUAGGAGGUUUAUUAUUUAUAUUUGUAAUGUCUGCUUUGUUCCGUACAAGCUUCAGCGAUCCCGGAGUAAUCCCACGAGCGACACCUGAUGAAGCUGCUUACAUUGAGCAACAAAUUGAGGUACCAAACAAUGGUAACUCCAAAACAUAUAGACCUCCCCCUAGAACAAAAGAAGUCUUAGUCAGAGGACAACCAGUGAAACUGAAGUAUUGCUUUACAUGCAAAAUAUUCAGGCCACCGAGGGCCUCUCAUUGUAGCUUAUGUGACAAUUGUGUAGAGAGGUUUGAUCAUCACUGUCCAUGGGUUGGUAACUGCGUGGGCAGGAGGAAUUAUAGAUAUUUUUAUGCUUUUAUAGUAUCCCUGGCGUUUCUUUGCGUUUUCAUAUUUGCAUGUGCGGUCACACAUUUAAUUAUGCUUACGAAAGAUGACAAGCCAUUUCUGGAAGCUCUCCGAAUGUCUCCGAGCAGCGUCAUUGUCGGAGUGAUAUGUUUCUUUUCCGUUUGGAGUAUCUUGGGCCUCGCCGGCUUUCACACGUAUUUAACCACGAGCAAUCAAACAACUAACGAAGAUAUUAAGGGAUCGUUCUCGAGUAAAAGAGGACAGGAGAGCUUUAAUCCCUAUAGCCAAGGAAAUAUCUGCGGGAAUUGUUUCUACGUAUUAUGCGGGCCGUCUCCGCCUAGUUUAAUCGAUCGAAGAGGAAUAGUUACGCCCGAGUAUCGCGCGGAGCAAGAGAGGGUCGGCGAUGAGAAUGUGAUUACUAAUAAUAAGACAUACGGCACGGUGAAGAUUGUGCAGCCUCAGUCGAACGGCACAACGGUUCAGACAAGCCCCAGCACGGAACUGACAGACUCGAUGAACAACCUGGUCUCCGGUCUACAUUCGCCGAGAAUAGAGUCGAUAAACGGUGAGUUAACCCUCCUAAGGCAUCCCGCGUCACGUUGCCCCGAGGAUCUGCCGAAAUAUCCGCGCCAGUACAUAACAAACGAUGCUUACGCCGCGCCGCCGCAGUAUCCGGCGCAGCAGCAGCAUUGCUCUCAGGAUUCAGUGAAACAUAUUAAGUACACCGAGGUAGAUCGGUUGAAUCCGGACUUUCAGAAGUCUUAUCCGUGUAGAUGCGAGGAAGGCUUAAACAAGUAUCCUCAUAGAUGUAGAGAGGAGUAUCAUAGGUGCUCGGACAACAACCUAAUAUACGAUCAGUGCGUUCAGAAUGGCGAUCAAAAGUACGCCAUUGAUCUUCAGAAGUACCCUCAGAGAUACUCCGAGGACCCGUUGCGUUACAAGAUAAGCGAUAAUAAGAACGGUUACACCGAUCUGCAAAAGUUCCCCCAGUGUUAUUCCGAGGACCCGUUACGACUGACUCAGUCCCCUCACACGCUCAGGUAUAACAACCUAAGAUGCGCCGAUCAUAGCCUAAAGUAUCCGAUAUCGAAGGCCAUUCUGCCGGCGCGUAUCUUAGGCACGGGCGGGAUACCGAUCAUCGGGCAGACCGCGAUAGGCCUCGUGGUAAACAGAUUCGGCUCCGGGCCGCUGACCAAUAAUUUGUCCUACGCGGAGAACUCGUUGUGUCCGAGCGAUAGUACGGAGGAGGAUCUCCUGAAUCGACGUUUCAUUAUGAGCUCACUCAGCGACAACGAGGAUAUUUAACGUCUAUUGUAAAGCCCAACGUCUCUCGAAUAUACCAUUUGACUCGAUUGUAAUACUGGGAAACAGCUAUAAUUAGUACACUUACCACGGAAGAAAAACGAAUCGUGGACUCAUAACGUUAGAAAAGAGAGAGCUUUAAUAUAAUUAGAUCAUUAUUCGUCCUCUUCUCUGAAAAUCUUACGCUAAGGGAAUAGAAUCAUUUGUACAUAAACGGUUAUACGAUUGUUCUUGAUUCCUAUAUUAUCGGGAAUUAAAAUAAUGAAAGAAAUUAUAUAUAUAUAUAUAUAUAUACAUAUACGAAUACCAAGAGAGAAAAAGUUGAAUUUAAUUGUUGCGAAAAAGAGAUCUAUUUAUUUUUUGAAGGUACCGUUUUGCAUAGAUCUUUAUUUUAAGGAUAAUGUGUAUAUUAUGGUUAUGGUUGUAUAUGUGUGGUAUACAGUGAGUUAAGGCAUUAGACCAUAUACCAAAUUAUGUUUGUUCGAUAUAUGCAUGGGUUCUUUGAAGUAUCUCGUUCCUUAGGUAUCCCAUCAUAUUUAGGUUUUACAUAUAUGAAAGAGAGAUAAAAGAGAAACUAGUUUUGUCGAGUUCUCGAGAUUUUUACUGAACUAUCAUCGUUUCUCUUCAAUAUGUUUUUCUCAAUCCAAAGAUUAUCUCAUAAUUUACACGCAAGUAGAUAUUUUGCAAAUAAUAAUUAUUUUUAUUAUAAAAGCGGAUGUGAAGUUUCAUGCGAAGGAAUAUUCUUAACGUGUAUUUUUUGAGAGUCGAAUUAUCGAGUUCGAAAAAAAAAAGGAAUUCCUUUUAGGUAUGAAUAUAUAUAUAUAUUUUUAUGUAUAUAUAUAUUUAUACAUAAGUCUUUUAGCAAUUAGUAAGCACUUGGACAUAACUCAAUAAAUUGUAUUUCUUUGUUGUUUAAAAUUACGUCCUGUUAUCGAGGGCUCAGAGCGUACUACUCGGUAGUACUACGAACAGUAUAAGCCAACUCGUUACCAACGAAGUACCAUUAGCGUCUCUCAACAUAGCGCCGAUCGACAUCGACGAGAU